AUGGGUGUUGCGAGCGAGCGCGCGACGCUGUUGGCGACGGAAGAGCGGAACGAAGGCGAGGGAUGGACGACGAGGCGAUUACGAACGGUGCGAAUCAUUGGAGUGAGCGCGUUGGCGCUCGGAGCGGCGGCGUUUCUCGGUAACGCCGCGGCGGGGGGCUUCGGCGGCGACGGAGGGGACUUGCUCUUUGAGCGCGUCGCGAAGGGCGACGGACGAGCAGAGCUGUCGCUCGCGAUGUGGAAUCGUGCGAAGUACGAAGUGACGUGUAAGCAGAGGGCGAAUUGGCCGCUCGUAUUCGAUCACAAUAAGACGGUACUCACGGAUGAGGAAAGGGCAAAGCUUGAGCAGCCGAAUGGCCAGACGUACAUCAGCGGUUUCUGGAGACUCCCCGUUUCUCAUCACCCGCCUAGCUGGUACUUGCCCAACCUACAGGCGACGGCGUGCCAACUCGGAGCGUUCGCCAUGAACGUCGUGUUCGUACGCGAUAGUCAGCAAAUGUGCGACUAUUCGAUGGCGCUUUACAAGGAAGGUUCCAAGGAACGCGGCAAGUACCAGUUUGGUGGCGGCAACGCGGCGUGCAUCGUGAACGACGGGCUGGAGAUUCGUCCGACGUCUUGCUCCGCUCACUCGCGUAUUUGGUAUAACAAAAUGACGAUUGUCGCUGACGUCGUCAAGAGAAUCCAGAACGGAGGGAUAUCAUCGAACUUGCAGUCGAAGCACUAUUUCUGGUUGGAUGGCGACAUCUUCUCUGGCAAGGCGAAUCGCUUUCCACGUUUCCGAACCGUCUUAAGCAUGCUCGAUGAGGAGGACCAAGAUAAAAUGAUGUUGGCUUGCUACUUGCAAGACAUGGGCAAUUAUGACCGAAAAGAGCACAGAUACAAGUCUUUUCCGCAGUUCUGGGAUUAUGCGAGCACAAAGCUUGGGUCGGCGUCUCAGGAGCCUCGACUCGGUCUCGUCUCUUCCGUCGUGCCAGGGUGCACCUGGAUGCGCCACGAAGUAAUUGCUAAUAUUUUUGGUGGAUCUGCUCGGGUGAUUGGAGAGUUUAGCGAAAAGUACAAGCAGUACAUCGACGAACACGUUCCCACUGUGUCGAACCACAAAAGACCGACCAGUGGGCAAAAAUGCACGUGUCCGAGCGAAGAACAGAUCUUGACGACGAUGGCGAACGACAAGACGUACGAGAGCUUGUUUACCAAGCGAUCAUGCGCUCACAGACUGCGAACGCCGUAUAAUCCGCAAAGAUUCCCGUGGGCGCGAUCAACCAAGAACAGGCCUAACAACUUGACCAGCAUACCUGAGGACGGAGCUGCAGACGUCGCCGACGCAGAGGACGCAGCGCGAUUUAAUUAG